GGGGAAAUGAGGGUCUCCGCCUCAUCUUCCCACUCUCCCUGAACCCCUCGUGUGUGCGUCCCCGUCCAUCUGUUCCCGACAAGGGUCUUCACGAUUCAUUUUACAUUCGUUUUUAAGAUCUUCUUCCUGCUGCCUUUUCUUCCCACUUCCCAGCGGUGUGGCAUCUUCGAGGCGCUGCCCGGUAAUAGGAGCAGCGACGCCAACUCUUUGUCACCUGUUGUUGUGGAGACCGGGUCAGAGGCCCGCCCAUCUUAUUUACCUUGCAAGGAACCUUUUCUGACCAGGCGAUCGCCCGUGACAUCCUCCUCCCCGCUUCUUGUUCAAGGAACUUUUCGAAGACAAAAUGGGGUUCGGCGACUUCGACUCAAUCUGUGAGAAGGCACCAUUGCCUCUGUGCUCCUUGGUGGGCCCGCCAUCCUCGAUAUCCGGCUUAACGGGCAUUAUUCCCAACUGCUAUGCACGCAACAUCGAACUGGCCAACACUAUCAUUUUCGAGGGCGCCGCUUCGUUCGUCCAUAUCAUCGCCCUUGGUAUGACGGUGAUCAUGAUUUUGCACAUUCGUUCGAAGUUCACUGCUGUUGGCCGCAAGGAAAUUCUGACCUUUUUCUACAUCUACCUGCUCUUGACUAUGUGUUCUUUGAUCCUGGAUGCAGGCGUGACACCCCCAGGAAGUAGCUCGUUUCCUUACUUUACUGCUGUACAAAACGGCUUGGCCUCGGCACUUUGUACCUCGUUGCUUAUCAACGGCUUCGUGGGAUUCCAGCUCUAUGAAGAUGGCACCACUCUAUCUGUCUGGCUCGUGCGACUCAGUUCGGCCGCCAUGUUCGUCGUCUCCUUCCUUGUCUCCCUCGCUACCUUCAAGUCGUGGGGCAGCCUCGGCCCUACAAACACCAUCGGCAUGUUUGUUGUGCUGUACCUUGUGAAUGCCAUCUUCAUCGUGAUUUACCUGGUCAUGCAGCUACUGCUUGUCCUCAACACCCUCGAGGACCGCUGGCCGUUGGGCCAUAUCGCUUUCGGUCUUGUGGUUUUCAUCUGUGGGCAGGUCCUUCUUUAUGCGUUCAGCGAUGCGAUUUGCGAUAACGUGCAGCAUUAUAUGGACGGACUCUUCUUCGCAACGCUGUGUAAUCUGUUAGCGGUCAUGAUGGUGUACAAGUUCUGGGACUAUAUCACGAAAGAGGACCUCGAGUUCUCUGUGGGAAUCAAGCCCAACACAUGGGAGGUUAAGGAGCUCCUUCCCGAAGAGGAUCGCCGGCAGACGAUCUACGCCGAUGCGGAUUCGGAAUAUGCGGGGAGCAUGUACCAUCACCGAGCGUCAACCUAUCACGGCCACAAUUAUUAAUUCGCCAAGCGUGUUGGACUCUAGCAUCUAGUUGGAAUUCAACACGGUCUCCGGCACUUCUUAUUCAUUCAUUCCAUCUUCAAACGGCCCCUUUUCUCGGCACACCGGGGGCCGAGUUGAUGGGGGCGACUCCGAGCCUUAUCCCUCCUCCAUCUGAAUCUCAAGGCCUAUGCGCAACGCUUUGCUAGCUCUCUUGAACCCUGCUCGGCUAAGUGGGCAAUUGCGAUCAAUUGACGGUCUUUUUGUAUAAUCCAUGUGUAGGCGCUUGGGGGACCUUCUUUCUGAUGAUCUGUUUGCGUUGUUUGCGUUGGGGGCCAUCGUGCCUCCCACCCUGCCUGCUUGCUUGCUAUAUGCCCAAAUAUUUCAACGAGGGCUUAUUCUGUGAUCUACGGGUACACAUCUUGAGUACCACAUACAGUACAUACAUACAUAAUUCAUGGUUUAUCAUCC